UACUACUACGACUACUGCUUGAUAAUAUUCAGGUUGGCUCAACUUCUCCCAAACUACUCGGUCUCCCAGGGCUCAGUCGCGUGCCAGACUUUCUCUAUUGCAGAAGACGCAACAACAACGUCUUGAGUCCCCGUGUCGGAGUCUGCCUACACCACGAGUGAGUUCUCUCCCUCUCUCGCCUGCAUUCAUACCAGUGCAUUGCAAAUCCUACUCGAUACAUAUAUCAUCUCGUUGCGAAUCACCGUCUCAAAUCGCAAAUUUUAAGUAGUUUUACCUGCCUCAGUUUCUCAAUGUCUUUCGCGAAGGAGUAAAGUGCGCAGCCAGAAAACCACGACGAGCAGGUGAAGAAUAAGUCACAAGUGUGCCGUUUGUGGUUACAUAAGAAGAAGAAGUACAGUGGUAAUAAAACAAGUGGGUCUUCUGCUUAACCAUGCAACCCAUGAUUAUGGAUUCCAACGACGAAAACAAGACGCCCGACAUACCCUGUUGUCAACCCCGAAUGCCCGUUUUGGCGGAACUCUUGUGCUCCGAAGUGUCCGACCAUGAUCUCAUUGAGAGUGGGGCUCGGAGUUUGGAGCAUUGUGACAGUUCGGUCAUGUCCUACUUUGAUCCGGCGGUGCUCCAUCAUCCAGAAGUCAUGUCUCGUCUCAAGUUCUUAGAGUCGCAAGUGGAAACUCCAAAGAGCUAUUUUCACUCGGAUGACAAAUCUGAGAUUUUGCCCUUCAUGCGGAAAGUCGUGGCGUCGUGGAUGUUAGAGGUUUGUGAAGAACAACGCUGUGACGAGGCCGUGUUUCCGCUAGCAAUCUCACUCCUGGACCACUUUUUAUCCGAUUGUCUCAUCAAAAAGGAGCAGCUGCAAUUGGUCGCUUGUGUGUGUCUCCUAUUGGCAUCCAAAACCCGACAGUGUAAUCAUUUCUCGCUGGAACUGCUCUGCUGGUACACGGACAACUCGGUGUCCCCGCAGUCACUCCGGACCUGGGAACUCGCCAUUUUGGCCCAACUAAACUGGGACGUGAAUCUCAUAACGGCGAUGGAUUUUGUUGACCUGCUUCUCGUCCGGAGUUCAGAGUUUGAACCUUACCCGUCCUCCAACAAGCAUGGCAGCAUUGUUCGAAGACAUGCCAUCACAUUUAUUGCGUUGUGCUCAACCGAACCAAGAUUCGUGGGGCUUAAGCCAUCCCUCAUUGCGGCAUCCGCAAUCUACGCUGCGGUUCGAGGGUUACGCCUGGAAGCCAACAAUUUGGCCUUCUUGCUGUCAGAAAUGGCAUCCGUGAGCCAAGAUCAGCUCAGAUUCAUCUCGAGCUCCAUCGAACAAGUAAUUUCGUCCGAAAUCAAGGUGAUGGAACAACAAGGAUUGGAUGGACCAUUGGCGAAAUCCGUGUCAUCCGUGUCGAAAGGGAAGGCGUGUGCUUACUCCUCCUCCGUCUCCAGUGCUAGCCAGAUAUCCGAAGAAGUUCUCGUAUGACGAGGACGGAAUUUCUAAAGUUUUAUUAUUCCACUAAGUAAUUUACCUACUUUCUCUCUGUUCCAGUUUGAAAAGAAUGUGCGUUUGGAAAUAGUCAGGAUCAGCAUAUGUAGAAAAAGUGUGUGUAGAAUUGCACUCUUACUUACGGUUCGAUCCAGUUUUAUGUAAUCCUCCCGGUAUUAAAGUUUUUGCUCCAUUGUUAGUAAUUUUAAGUUACAAUAAUAAGUUAGCAAGUGUGCGAUCUCUAAUUAAUUUUACCAAUUUGAAGGCAUUUAGUUGAUUAAGAAGAGUUCUAAAAUAAUUUAUUGUAUGCAUAAGUUGGGCGUAAUACAUUAGUUUAAGUUGGGGAAAAUGGUAUGUAUUAAUGGGAUUGGGUACAAUAACAGUAUGAUCUCGGGGUUGUUGUGUGUUUGGAGCUAUAUGAAUAAGUAAAACGUGCCUUUCCUGGUGGCUACACGUCGGUCGGUUGGUUGGGGGAACGGAUAGGUCGAAAGUUUACAAAGUUUUUCAAUUACGAUUACAAUUAGAGAUGAUACUAGACUAGGAAUGCUCCAGUUACCUCUUGGUCCUUAAAAGUGUGGUGGUGACCGAGAAAAUUUAAUUUCUUGUAGAUGACUAGCAUAUGAUGCGGUUAUAUAUUCUUACAUACAAAUAGUAAUAUGUAUGCGUAAUGUAAUAGUGUAUGCACUGCUUCGUUGUCCAAAGACAUGCAACAUAAAUUCUAGUCUUUUACAAAUACAUACAUAAGCAUAAAGUACUUUUUACUCAUAUUGAAUUUAUUCUGUUUCAACUACAUAUAACAAAUGAAUAAACUGUAAUAUCUUAACAUGAAGAGAAUAAUAC